AGCCCAAAACCCAAACGUCCACAAGUUUCCACCUCUCCCCGUCCUUGCUAUCAUCGUCGGAGCAAAUCAAUGUUUCAUAGCAGCAUCUUUCAAGAAUUUUCAAAGCAAAUUUUCUUUUCUUUGUGUUGGUUGCUUUCUUCAGCAAAGUUAGAUUGCUUUCUUCAGAGAUUGUUGUAUCACGCAUGAUAUCAUUCAGACGCAGACCAUUUUACAUAAUGAACAUUCAUGCCCUCCAUAGCAAUUUCUGCUCUCUGCUCCCUCUUCAACUUCCUUCUCGAAUGGAAAGUCAUUUGUGGUAUGUUUUGCCUGAGGAGGUGAAGAGUGAGGGCCUUUUGAAUCGGUAUUUCGAGCUUCUGUCACCGUCUGAGAGAGAUAAUGUUUUGGGCAUGCGUGGGAUUGAGCUCCAGAAAAGAGCAUUGCUUGCCCGGGCGUUGGUUCGCACUACGAUUUCGAGAUAUACAGACCAUCGAGUUGAUCCGAGAUCCGUAAAGUUUAAAAAGAACAAUCAUGGGAAGCCUGAGGUAGAGUGGCAAAUUGCAGAUGGCUGGCAGCCACCACCGUUGCAUUUCAACCUCUCUCACACUUCUUCCUUGAUAGCUUGUGGUGUAACUGUGGAUUCACCGAUUGGUGUAGAUGUGGAAGACAAGCAGCGGAAGUUGAAGAACCAUAUUUUAGCUUUUGCUCGACGGUACUUUUCUUCUCAUGAAGUGGAACAUUUAUCUUCUAUUUCGGACAUUGAAAUUCAGCGUCAACAGUUUAUAAAAUUAUGGACUCUCAAGGAGGCAUAUGUGAAAGCAUUGGGAAUGGGCUUCUCUGCUUCUCCGUUUAAUACCUUUACCAUUCGAUUGAGGGAUGCAGCUAAGAGAGGCAUCAAUUUAUCUGGGGAUGUAGAUUCUGAGAUAUCCGAAAUAAGUGUUGAACCUUUUGGCCCCAUGAACCUCACAAGAAAUUGGCAAUUUUCGCUUCUAGAGUUGGCCGGUUCUCAUUAUGCUGCCAUUUGUAUGGAAAGACAUAAAACCGUUGGAGGCAAAGAAAAUGCUCCGAUAGAAUUGACGGUGCGGAGAACUAUUCCAUAUGUUGAAGAAGAAUGUGUUACAGGAACUGAUGCGGCCGUACCAAUAGGCGGAUUGAAUUGUUGAUUAUUUUUGUAAGUAAUUCUUUCUUUCUACGAACAAUGUACCUGUAUCUUCGUCGUCUUGCUCCACUAGUAUCAGGUUUCGUAGCCGGUGAUUCUCUUGAACAGUUUGUACUUCAAACCCAUGUAUUGUCACAGAGAAGUUCCAUGAA